UCAACAACACGAUUUAGCCGCGCUAAUCAUCAUAUAUAUAAAUCAAAAUCAUAACCCUAAUUUUUUUUGUUUGUCUCAAUCUUCUCUUAAUCACCCCCACGAAAACACUAACCAAAAACAACAAAUGGCAGAAAUGGGCAUGUUCCAAAUCUCCGGCGACGUGUUCCAAACCGUCGGGCUAAUCAGACGCCGUCACAACCGCCGGACCGUCCACAAAGUCGCCCACUGCCCCACCGGCGCCCUCUUCGCCCUCAAGUCCAUCCCGCUCGACGCCGACGGCCGGCGGUUCUGGGCCGUCCAGCCACGCCGCGAGUCCGUCCUCCUCCUCGACCUCGACCACGCCAACGUCGUCAAGUGCCACGGCGUCGCCGAGGAUCGGUACGGCGGCGAGUUGAAGCUCCUGCUCGAGUACCUGGACGGCGGGUCUCUCGCCGGGAAGAAAAUCACCGACGUUGGCCGCAGGGGCGGACCUAUGUUAUAGGGUGGUGUGUCAAGUAAGGUUCGUCGGUGCCAAAAUUCGAACAUAAGACCUCUUGACACAGCUCUAUAGUAGACUCAGAAUCAUUCCAUUAGUCUACGAACAUAUUAUUGUUAUAACUUUGCUAAAGAACUUAUUGUAUACGAAAAGUUUAUUAAUGUGUAAAUAAUUUCCUUAUACAGAAAGUUCAUUGCUUCAAAUUCAAACAUUUGGGUUUGUCUUUUACAUGAAGUUGAUGAUUGCAGUGCUUGCAAUUACAAAUGAGUUGUCCAUAUCAUUACAAAGGAAAGAUCAAGACCUUGUUAAUGCUAUGCAACUAAUUAAUUGCUCAAAGCACA